CUGAUAGUAUAUCUUAUCUAUGGUUGGUGUUGGAGCACUUUAAAAAUAAAAUAAAAUAAAAUGUUUCACCUUACUGGAAUGCAAAUAUCUAAUCUGAAGUGUUCCUGAAGUGCUUCUGAAAUCCGAAGUUUUUUUGUCAAUUGGAAAGCAGUAGUGCUAUCGUUACGACACGACUACUUGUCUACGUCUACAUUGGACUUAGGUUAUGUUUCCGUUAACAAUAACAAAAUGAAUAAAAUAUAUAUAUAUAUUUUUUAAAUUAAUAUAUUACAAUUAUUAGCAUUUUAUCUUUAUCCUGGAUCUCAUUGAAGAUUUAUAACUUCAGAUCAAAGAAUUAUUGUUCAUCUAACUUAUAGGGUUGUAUAGGAAAUGAAUAUUUUGUUGACAGUUUGAAAUAUAUUUCUAAUAUAGGUAUUUGUUAUAAAAAUGAUAAAUUCAUAAAAGAUAAACAUGAUAAAUUUAAUUCUGCAUGUCACUGUUGUAAACUAUUUCUAACAAUUCUAACGUUCUAUCUACAGACGGUUAACUAUGACAGUUUUGAGUCCAUUUGUCUAUUGGGCACAAAAUGAAAAUAGUUUAUUUUUAAAAGUAGACUUGAAGGAUGUGAAGGAACCACAUGUAGUAUUAGAAAAAAGAAAACUGCAAUUUCAAUCCAAAGGCUCUGGUGCUCAAGGAUUUAAAGAUUAUGAAUUCUUUAUUGAUUUCCAUUCUGAAAUUGAUGAAAAUAAAAAUGAUAUAAAAGUAACUGACCAUAAAAUUGCAUUAACUUUAACAAAAAUUGAGAAAGGGUGGUGGCCACGACUAACAUCUCAACCCAAAAAGCCAGCAUGGCUAAAAGUUGAUUUUGAUCGUUGGCAGUCUGAAGAUGAUAUAAUGGACGAGGACGUGAGAGACAUACGAGAGGAUUAUCCUGAUCUUUACGAUAUGUUACAAAAAGAAGAAACCGGUUAUCGAAAAGAGGAUUUGAAGAAAGUUUACAUGACUCUCUACAACCUCUUCAUGUUCAGUGGAUUUUUGUAUGUAACUCUCAUCUUGUGCAUAAGAUACCUCCGAGAUGGCCCAGAUUUUUUUCCUCAAGUAUAUGAGACAGUUGGUUCGGUCAUGUGUUGCUUUCAACUGUUACAGUUUCUUGAAGUUUUACACCCCAUCUUUGGUUACGUUAAAGGAGGCCCUCUCAUGCCAUUCUUACAGAUAGCUGGGAGGUGUUUUGUACUAAUCGUAACGGUGCAACACGAACCCCGAAUACAGAAAAUGCCUGUCAUUUUUUAUCUGUUUCUCGUAUGGUGUGCAAUAGAAGUAAUUAGAUAUCCGUACUAUGUAUCACAAAUAAUGAAAAAAGAAAAUGGCCUACUGACAUGGAUACGAUAUAGCGCCUGGAUAGUCCUAUAUCCCAUCGGGUUCUUAUGCGAAGGCAUCGUCAUCUUCAGAAAUUUAAUAUUUGUCGACCAAAGCAACAAAUGGUCGGUCACCUUGCCGAAUCCUUUAAACUUCACUUUCCAUUUUGCAACGUUUUUAAGGAUAUACUUGCUCUUUAUCGUGAUUCCCGCAAUGUACUUGCUUAUGUCUCACAUGUUCAAUGCACGUAAACAGAAACUAGGUGGCAAAAAAAUUAGGAGAAUUAAGAAAUCGUAGUUCGUAAUUUCUCCCCGAAUUUCUAGUCAAGUUUUAUUAAAUUUUAUAGGAUAGGUAAGUCUAUUAUGAUUGCAAUAUUUUAAUAUUCAAUAGAUAUAUAUUUGUCAUAAAUUUAAUUAUGUUUUGCAAAUGUUUUUACAAAGGCACAUAAUUGUAGUGAAUGUAAAAAAAUUAAUAAAUUCUUACCUUUA